AAGCGGACAGAAGAAGAAUGGUUAACUGAAAAACAAAAGAAAAAAAGCUUGACACCUUCAAAACCAACCAAUCUUCACCACUGUCCUUCUCUAAAAAUUCAUCCGUUUUUCUGAAGAAAACCGUUUGUUUUACCCCGGUUCUUUUCUGGGUUCUGUUUAGAUCUAUUUAUGCCGUAUCCGUUUUCCCUUCGCCAUUUAGUCCUUUGCCUUCUUGGCUAAAUGCAUCAAAGAAGGGUAUUGUGAUGGCAGCAGCUGAAGCUAGAGCUGUGUGGCAGAGAACAGCUAACCGUUGUUUUGUCCAGGAAGAUGCCAAAAGAGCUCCCAAGUUAGCUUGCUGCCAGUCAUCAACUACAUCAUCCAAACAGUCUGAUUCUAGCGCCACAGGUGCAGCAGACACUCCAGAUCAUACUGGGCUAGGUUUUAUGCCUCUCAAUUGGAACCCUUCAUAUGCCAAUCUUCCACCUGACACAAGGUGGUGGCUUCAACUGCAACCUUGCUAUGGACACCACAAGGGCUUAACACAUGAUCAGUUAAUUGCCUUGGAGAGUGAAAUAGAAAGCUUGAAAGCCAAUAUUGAAGACUCACUCUCUAUAGAAAGUGGAGACAACCCAUCAGAUAAGAAAGAUGCUACUGGUGUUGACAAAAGAAAGUGCACUGAAUACAGAGCCUCUUCCAUUGAAACGGAUUGGGAUGCUACAGUUAGAAAGCAAGAGUUAAAGGCUUUCCCUAGUAAGACCACCAAAGAAUUUCUUGAAUUAACAGACACAGGAAAGAAAUACAAAUUGGAGAUGGAACCAGUGGAGUUCCCAGUGUCCAAAAAAUCCCGUCAUUCCUCUUUUGAUCCAGUAUCUCCCUGGGUUGGUGGUGACAAGACAGAACCAUGGUGGCGCACAACAGAUAAAGAUGAACUUGCCUCCUUGGUUGCACAAAAGUCCCUAGACUACAUUGAGAAUUGUGACCUUCCCCCACUUCAGAAGAUGCAAGCUCAGAGAUACCCACAUGAUGAAGCUUCAUCGUUGGAUUGGAAGGCCCAAACUGGCUGUAUCACUAGCCCAAUGGUUAAUGCACCCGUCUCUCCUGAUUCUGAAGGUUCAGAAACAAGACACAGGGCUUCAGUUGAAGAAGGAAACAGACAAGGUUCUGACAAGCUCUCAAGCACAACCCAUAAGGAUAUUAUGGAAACACACGUGACUGGGACUGAUCCUGCCAAGGCUCAGCUAUUAGAAGCUCUCUGCCACUCACAAACACGUGCAAGGGAAGCUGAAAAUGCAGCAAAGCAAGCAUAUGCCGAGAAAGAGCAUGUCAUCCAGCUCUUCUUUAGACAGGCCUCACAACUCUUUGCCUAUAAGCAAUGGCUCCAAAUGCUGCAGCUAGAAGCCUUUUACUUCCAUGUCAAGCAAAACGGGCAGCCAAUCUCAACUUUCUUCCCCGCCGUUCUUCCAUGGAAGCCUUACAAAGGUAGGGUAUUGUGGAAGAACUGUCAAAAGGGUAAACGAAGGAAGCAAGUACGACCUAGACCCAACGUAACCAAGUAUACUUUGGCUUUUGCAUUGGGGUUGAGUCUUGUUGGUGCUGGAUUGCUGUUGGGUUGGACUAUUGGGUGGAUGUUGCCUUUCUAGACAAUAUAAGGGUUUCGAUGAAAGACUACACUCCAUUGUGAAGAUUGAUUUGUGUUGAGAAAUGGUUGAAUUUGUAUUCAUUCUCUUCAUGAAUGUAAAGAUUUUUAUCCCCGUACAUUGUUGAGACCCUAUAUCAAACGUAGCCAUCGUCCUUUCCAGAAGAAGUGUCCUUAGUGUACAAAUGGUAUGAUGAGAUGUUUUGUGUGUAUAUUUGGCUGACCAAUCGAGCAAUGUCUCAUUGAAUUCCUAUUUGAAGGAGUUAUAUAUUUGGUUACCUUCAUCUAUUCUGCUCUUUCAGUUGGUAACUCAAUUGUUACUUUUUAAACGUUUGUUACUGAAAUGUUACAAAAUAAAAAGGUCAGUGACUG